AGAUUUUGGGCAGAGUAAAACCUCUCGCUUCGCCUUUUCCUCUCUGACUACAGCUAACAGUCAGAUACUUAUCCUUGGUUAAAUAUUAAACUGUUGCUUCUGUUAAACUCUCGUCAUAACGUCACUACACAGGCCGUACAUAUAAAGCUUCACACAAACGAGGGAAAGGUUUCCAUUCAGUGUCUGGGGAAGAUGGCGGCGACGUGUUCAAUAUUGCCCAAGGGCCAACUACUGUACAGGAAUGCUGUCAAGCUGCAGGUCGCAAGGAGGUUUUCAGACAAAGGAUGGUUCCAGUCUAUGUUUGUGCACGAAGUGGAGGCCAGGAAAGAUGCCCACUCCAACCUGCUGUCGAAGUGUGAGACCAGCGACCUCUACAAAUUCAGUGUAUUUCACAAUGUCAAGCCAGAGUGUCUGGAGGCGUACAACAAUCUGGAGGCUGAGGUGCAGCACAAACUCCACUUAGACCAGGACUAUCCCUGUGAUGUUGUGGGGAGCUGGAAUACUUGGUAUGGCGACCAAGACCAAGCAGUGCACCUUUGGCGGUAUACAGGAGGCUACCCAGCAUUGACUGAAUGCUUGACCAAAUUGAACAACAAUAAGGAGUAUCGGCACUUCAGGAUGGAAAGGAGUAAAAUGCUGGUCUCACGGCGGAACCAGCUUCUUCUAGAGUUCAGUUUCUGGAACGAGCCAACACCCAGAAAUGGACCCAACAUUUACGAGAUGCGCUCAUACAAACUCAAGCCUGGAACGAUGAUUGAAUGGGGGAAUCAUUGGGCGAGGGCGAUCAAACAUCGACAGGAGAACAAUGAGGCAGUUGGAGGGUUCUUCUCUCAGAUAGGAGACCUGUAUGAAGUUCAUCAUCUGUGGGCCUAUAAAGACCUUCAAUCCAGAGAAGAGACAAGAAACUCUGCCUGGCAGAAGGAGGGAUGGGAUUCUAGUGUCUAUUAUACAGUGCCUUUGAUCAGGAGCAUGGAGUCUAGGAUUAUGAUUCCUACGAAGAGUUCACCUCUGCAAUAACCAGAUUCAGUCAAGAUCCCGUUCUGGAAGAGCAAAGCGAGAACAGAUUAUGGGCAUUUUUCCAUCGUGUCUCUCUGUCUUUUUCUCUUUUGUUGUAGGUGCAGAUAACUUAGGCCUACAUGUAAAGCUUGAAUCUAUGAGCUGUGGUAGAUGGAACCUUUUGAUGAAAACUAAUGUUUUGAUGCACUGGCAAGCCCUCAGUUUGAAGACUGCAUUCAAAAUAGAAUCCAGUUUCCAUUUUUGCUACCAUGGUGAAUAGGGGAGAGAUUUUAUUUCACCUAAAUUGAUAGAUAAAUUAUAUUUCAGGUGAAUUAUGUGCCAAACAAGGGAAAGGAAAUCUUCAAUAACGUCAAUAAGGUAUGAAGUAGCUAUGAUACGGAAUUAAUAGCUAUGAUAGAGAAAUGAACUUGUUGCUACUGUAUUAUCAUUAUGCAUCUUGAGUGUGUGAACAUACAGCAGUAAGAAAUGCCUACUCAGUGGACAUGUAGAAGCAUAUGCCAUAUCUCAGGUAUAAGAAACCUAUAGGUCAAUGUGAGCUAAUGUGAGUCUCUUCCCUUGUCAACCAUCUGAAGAAGCAAAUCAAUAGACAUAAGUAGAUGCAUCUUUGAAAUGAGAAACAUGAAAACUGGAUUAUUAAAUGCUAUGUAACCUUU